AUGACUUCCACUUGGGAACCGCAAAACAACAAGACCUGCCAGAUCCUCAAAGCAGCUGAGGAUGGAGGCUAUGGAGUCGUUGCACCAAUAGCUUACAACAUCGAACACAUUCUUGCCUUUGUACGAGCCGCCGAAGCCAAGCGCAGUCCACUCAUCAUUCAAGUAUUUCCUUGGGCCAUCACGUUCUCUUCCGGGCUCCUCAUCCAUGCCGCAGCACACGCAGCGCGCAAUGCUUCAGUUCCGAUCGCGAUCCAUUUAGAUCAUGCUCAGGAUGAAGCAAUUAUUCGACAUGCGGCGGAUUCUCUCCCAUUUGACAGCAUCAUGGUUGACAUGAGCCACUAUGAGAUGGAGGAGAAUCUGGCCAAGACUAAAGAGUUAGUGGAGUACUGCCAUGCUCGUGGAAUUGCUACGGAGGCUGAACCGGGGAGAAUUGAAGGGGGAGAGGAUGGGAUUGCGGAUACAGCUGAUCUGGAGGGAGCUCUGACCACCUCAGAGCAGGUGGAGGAUUUCAUCGCGACGGGUAUCGAUUUCCUUGCUCCUGCAUUUGGCAACGUCCAUGGAGAGUAUGGCAAAAGAGGUCCUGUUCUCGAGUUUGAUCGGCUGGAGAUGAUACGGUCCAGAGUCAACGGACGCGUGAGAGUUGUCCUCCAUGGGACCAACGACUUUCCUGAAGAUAUUAUGAAGGCCUGUAUCAAGGGCGGUGUUUCCAAGGUCAACGUGAACAAGCUUGUCUUGGACGAUUACCUUAUUCACAUCCAGGAGCAAGCAUCGAAAAUCAACUUGACGACAUUGAUGGAAGAGGGCGUGGAGAAAGCCCAGAAACUAACAGAAUGGCAAAUGGAUGUCUGCGGUUCUUCAGGGAAGGCUUAG